AUGGCAUCAACCAAGUCUGUAGCCCUCGUCAUCGGCGCCUCCCGCGGUAUAGGCCGCCAAAUAGCCAUCGACCUAGCCAGCAACGGCUACGCAGGUAAUCACACCAACUACACACGACUUUUUUGCAAACCCCACCACCACCCUAUAAAACACCAGCUAACAACCACCCCCCACCUGAUAGUAAUGCUAGCAGCAAAAACCACCUCCGACGCCAACAACACAACCCCCUUCCCACCCGACCCCAACUCCGCCUCCUCAACAAUAACAACCGUGGCCCGCGAAAUCCACGAAGCAGGCGGCCAAGCCGCUGCCGUGACCGUCGACGUCCGCGACCCCCAGCAAAUCCAGCACGCAAUCGACGAAACCCUGCGGGUCUUCGGAAAACUAGACGUCCUCGUGUACAAUUCCGGCGCGAUAUGGUGGUCGUCUGUUGAGAAUACGCCGUUGAAGCGGUUUAAGCUUAUGCAGGCUGUUAACCCGGAGGGAUUGUAUGCGAGUGUUCAAUCUGCGUUGCCGGUUUUUGGAAAGGGUGGGUGGAAGGGGAGGAUUGUUGUUGUUUGUCCGCCGAUUUAUUCGAGGUUUUUUAGGGGGAAGACUGGGUAUGCUAUCGGCAAGGUGGGAAUGAGCGUGUUGGUCAAGGGUCUUGCAAUGGACUUUGUUCGUCAGGAGCGGACUGAGAUGGCUAUUACUGGGAUUUGGCCUGCAUCGUCCAUUGAAUCCGCCGCCACAGAAUUCAACAAAUCCGACGACAAAUCCUACAAAAAGGACCUCCGGAAACCGAAUAUCUUCUCCGACGCAAUCCUCGCCAUGCUCCGCGCCCCAGCUACCCAGGUAAACGGGCUGCUGGAUACGGACGAGGACUUUCUCCGGGAGAAGUGCGGAGUCACCGAUUUUUCGAAGUACUCUGUGAUUCCCGGGGCGACGCCGAGACGGAUUAUGCCGGCCAAGUUUCCGGUGUUGGAGGUUGCGGAGCAGGAUGAUGAGGGGAAUAGGAUGGAUAGUACGAAGAUUCGGGCUGCUAAGAUUUAG